CAUAAAUAAAAACCGGGCUAAGUGCCAAAAUUUGAUAAAUCGAGUUUGACAUCAAAAAGUGUGCUACGUGCCAUUCCCAAUAUGGUGUAAACUGGGCUAUGCCAGAGAAAAUAGUUUAUUAGUUCAAAAAGCUGCCACAAGAAUGCGUGUGAGCUAUCUCACACAUUGGUUUCAGUAAAAACCGGGCUAUGUUCCACAGCAGUCUGCCACGCGGCCAAGUUGUCGAAUUUGUGGUUAUGUUCAUUCAGACCUGCGUGUGUCAAGUUUAAGUGCUUCAAGCUACUAAGCUAAUAAUAAUUAAUCACAAUUUCAGCCAUCCAUAAUUUCUUUUCAUUAUUCCGAUUCUAUCAAUUUUUUCUUUCCUCAAUGGAGAAUGUUAAUAAAAUACGUAAAAAGGGUGAUGGAAGUUUUUCCAAUGUCCAGAAGAAACGGAGAGCUUCAGGUCAAGAAUACAUUGGCCGAAGUCAAGUUGUUGAAGCCAAGAAACCACCACCAGACAAGGUAUCCUGUAAAUGUAGAUAUAAAUGCAAAGAGAUUGACUUCGAACAGAAACUGAAACUUUUCAACGAUUUUUAUGACAUUGGUGACUCAACUAAACAAAAUUCGUAUUUGAUGGAAUUAAUGAGUGUUUGUGAAGUGAAACGUCGACGUCAUGGUACUUACACAGAUGCAGAAUCAAGCCGUAGACAAGCAACGAUAUUCUUCACAGUGUCCAAUGGUAAAGGCGAAACACUUCAAGUGUGUAGGAGAACCUUCCUUGAGAUCCAUUGCAUAACAAAAAGGAGAGUUGAAACUUUGGUAAAGGCUAAAAAAUCUGGUGAUAUUGUGUACAUUGAACGGCGAGGGAAUAAGAAGCAGCAUAGAAAAUACUCGGAGCUUGAUGAACAACAAAUUGUGAAUCAUAUCAAUAGUUUUCCAAAAGAGGAAAGCCAUUACACACGAGCAAAGAACAGCAAUGAAUAUCUGAGCCAGGAUCUGAAUUACAGUAAACUUUUUUUUGCUUUCAAAGAAUUGCAUCCAAACUCUUUGAUCACUAUCAGAUUUUAUACUGACAUGGUUAAGAAACACUUUCCUAAAUUGAAAUUUCAAAGACCACGAAAAGAUACCUGUGGAACCUGUGACCUCCUUCACAAUCAGAUCAAAAGUAAUAAAGAGGACAAAAACACUUUUAAAAGAAACUGGAGUAUCACCAUAGAAAGGCUGAAAAAGCCAGAUCAGAAAUGAAGAAAGAUCAUGAGAGUUCUCAACGUCCCAACAGCGAAACCUGCGUCAUCUCAAUGGAUCUACAACAAGUCUUUUCAAUACCAACACUUACACACUCUCAAAUGUAUUAUCUAUGCCAGCUUUCAUGUUAUAAUCUCGGAAUUAAUAUGGGUGACAACAACCAGUCUUUCAUGUUUGUUUGGCAUGAAGGAAUUUCAGGAAGAGGGGGUAAUGAAAUAGCGUCAUGUGUUUUCAAGGGAAUAGAAAACAAAAUAACUCUGAAAAAAAAGUUAAUAGUGUGGAGUGACAAUUGCGGGGGACAAAACAAAAACAGAAUGAUGCUGUUUUUAUGGAUCUAUUUAGUUUGUAAAGGCCUUUUUGAUCAGAUUGAGCACAAGUUUUUAGUGUCAGGCCACUCAUACCUUUCGUGUGAUCGUGAUUUUGCCCUGAUAGAAGAAAAGAAGACAUUGAAUAAAUGUGAGGUUCCACUGGAUAUAGUACGACUGCUUGUGACUGCCUCCAAUAAAAGACCUUUUCUGACAACUUUAAUGAACAAUGAAGAUUUUAUUGAUUUCAAAAGAGCUUCCGAAAAUUUUCUUGACAUCAAAAAAAUCAAAAUUUCUCAGCUCCAAUGGAUCAGAGUAUUGGGAGCUGAUCCUGGUGUCAUUGAAGUAAAAAAUACAUUGAAUGAAUUCGA